AUUUUUAUUUAUAAAGUUUAAAGCUUCAAAAUCCCCCCUGGCUCCCUUGGCCUCCCCCUCAUUGGCCACACUCCAUCCUUCCUCCGCGCCCAGCGCCGCAACCGCCUCUUCCAAGACUUCCUACAACCCCUCUUCACAAAGCACGGUCCCAUCUUCAAGACCCGCCUCAUGGGCCAUCCCACUGUCAUUGUCUCCGGCCCCAAUGCCAACCGCUUCUUCUUAUCGAGCGAGUUCCGCCAUGUGGUCAGCUCGUGGCCGGACUCAGCCGUCUCUCUCAUCGGCCGCCGCUCCAUCAUGGAGGCCCACGGUGCACGCCACAAACGCCUCCGUGUAGCAGUCCUUGCGUCCAUGUGCCCACCAGAGGCACUAGCAUUGCGAGUCUCGGCUGCCGUGCACGCGCACCUCGACACGCACUGGCGAGGCAGGGACUCUGUCAAGCUCUUUGAUUCUAUGAAGAGGCUCACCUUCUCUGUGUUUUGUGAGUGCUUUUUAGGGGUAAAGGAAGACUUUGGACUUUUCGAGCUUUUCGAAUGUGUUUUGGGUGGUGUUUUUGCGGUGCCAUUUGGGUGGAGGCAUUGGAGGGCGAAGAGGGCGAGGGCGGAGAUUGAGAGGAGGUUGGUGGCGUUAGUGAGAGAGAGGGCGGCGUGUUCGGAUGGCGGAGGGGAUAAAGAGAAGGAUUUGAUGGGGAGGUUGAUGGAGGUGGCGGAGGAAGGGGGAGAGAGAGAGGUGGUGGAUAACUUGGUGCUGCUGGUGUUUGCGGCGCACGACACGACCUCGAUAGCUAUAUCAAUGGUGUGCAGAUUGUUGUUUCACCACCCUGACUGCCUUCGCCGCCUCCUCCAAGAGCAAGAGGAGAUUAUGAGGGAGAAGACGGGCGAGGAGACACUAACAUGGGAUGACAUAAAACGUAUGACUUACACGUGGCAAGUGGCUCAAGAAAGCAUGCGUUUGUUCCCUCCAAUCUUUGGCUCUUUCAGGAAGGCCAUUGUCGACAUCCAAUUCCAAGGAUACCUCAUCCCCAAAGGAUGGAAGGUAUUAUGGACAACAUAUGGGACACAUUACGACCCUCAGUAUUUUCCCAACCCGGAGAGUUUUGACCCGAACAGGUUCGAGGAGGCCGUGCGCCCUUAUGUAUACCUUCCAUUUGGAGGUGGCCCAAGGCUAUGUGCUCGUUUUGAACUGGCCAAAAUGCAGAUACUUGUCUUCAUGCACAUGAUGGUCACAAAGUAUGAUUGGUCACUGGUUUACCUGCAUGAGCCCAUCACCAUUGAUCCCUUACCUGCACCCCUCUAUGGCAUGCCCAUCAACAUUUAUGAGAGAAACACUAAAAGCAACUGA